UUCGUCGGGUAAUCUGGGUAAAAUGUAAAAAUGACGGAGUAAUUCGCAUCAAUAUUAAAGUGUUUUUGUGAUAUAAAACAAAAUAAAAAUGCGCUGUUGUGCUCCGAAUUGUAAAAAUGAUUCUAGACAAUUGUCUAAAUCUCAGGGAAUCACCUUUCAUGUAUUCCCCAUGGAACAGUCCCUCCGUGCAUCCUGGCUGAAAGCAUUGGGUAAAGAAACCUGGGAAGCAAAAGAAAGAAGUGCGGUUUGUUCCGAGCAUUUCAAUUGUGACGACUUGUAUGAAACUAAGAGUGGCUUACGUAAGAUAAAACCAGGAGCUGUGCCAGUUAUUAAGGAUAUUUCCGAUAAAGAAAUGCAUACUUUAAUGGUGUGCAGGAUUUGUCUGGCAGUGGAUAGAAGAUUGUAUUCAAUACACAAAUAUCAGUUGGAUCAGGCAUUUGAAGUUCUGACGGGAUUGAAUAUAACGGACAAUCUCCCACAGCAUUUGUGUUCAGAAUGUGCACACAGAUUACUUUCCUGUCAGAAUUUUAGAAGACGAAGUUUACAAUCACACGAACUUAUGAUGGAAAUUAUUAAUAAACAAGAAAUUCUUACAUUAGAAAAUAUACAGACUAUAAAUAAAGAAUAUGAUUUAAAAUCUAAUCUUACGAUAAAAUAUUACGAUCCAAAUUAUUACGAUUUCAAUGUACAAUAUGAAGAGAAAUCAGAAAUUGAAGAAAUCGAAAUAAAAAAUGAAAUAUACAUAGACGAGAAUAAUAUAAAAGAAGAGGAUUCCUCUGAUGAUAGUCUACCAUUAGAAAAGAGAAGGACAAAGAAGAAGGUGAUGAAAAAAAAGAAAAUUAAACCUAAUGAACCGAAGAUUGACAGGAGAAGGAAACCUUUUCUUAAUGACGAUUUAAAUGAAACACUUUUUACCAUAACUGAUUUGUCUUUUGAUGAACAAAUAGCUGAAAUAGAGAAGAGAAGAGAUUCCUCAAAUUAUAAAAACUCUGUAUUCAAAUGUACAGCGUGUUAUAAAGGUUUUUUAGACGAAGAUGCAUAUAAUAGUCAUAUGACAAGACAUACGAAUCAAUGCGGUGAACACGAAUGUGACAUAUGCAAGACGCAUUUCAAACAUCCGCACGCGUUACGUAAACACGUGACUGCGCAUCACACGCAGAGAUUCAGCUGUAACCAAUGUACAUAUGUCACAACGCAUCGUCAGACAGCGAGACUGCACGAGAGAUGGCACAAGGGUACCAAAUAUCAAUGUCCACACUGUCAAGAGGAAUUCCUUAAAUUUACAACAUACAUGGGUCAUAUUCGUAUAAAACAUCCUUCAGACUUCGUAUGUGAGCUUUGUGGAUAUUCAUUUGUAAGUGAGAAAGGGAUAGAAUUACAUAAGAAAUUGAAACAUCGACUCGAGAGUGACAAGGUACCAGAUGAUGGUCCGUUCUGUGAAUCUUGCAAUGUAAGGUUCAUCUCACAGGAAGCAUACAGAAGACAUUUGAUGGUCUCCGCAAAACAUAAUACUGGUGAUAAGGAUACAAACGAUCCUAACAAAAGGAAGAAAGGUAGAAAGCCGAGAGAAGUGAAAGAGAGAGAAAUAAUCGAUAACAGAGAACAGAAUGAGAGGAAGAUGUAUCCUAGUCAGAUGAGAAAAGUUGAAGGUCCAAUACCAUGUGAACAGUGUGGUCUACAAUUAGAAGAUUCUCGUGCCUACCACGGUCACUUCAGACGUAUGCAUCCAGACAAGAACCGCACUAAUUACCCUUCUAUGAAGUCGCCUUGUAUGUGUGAGUUGUGUGGCAGAAUGUUCCAGAGUUACGCACUAUUAAAAGACCAUAGUUGGGUACAUACCGGUGAGAGACCAUUCUCAUGUGAAUGUUGCGGCAAAGCAUUCCGCAUGAGACAACGUCUCGUCGCACACAGGCGGGUGCACGCGCCGCGCAGGGAUACAUACGUGUGUGCGCUCUGCGGGAAACACUUCACAACUCAUAGCAACAGGCAGCGACAUAUGUUUAUCCACACAGGUCUAAAGCCAUUUGCUUGUGAAAUGUGUGGCAAAUGCUUCAAGCAUGCAAGUGAGAAACGCGCCCACGUCGCCUACGUGCAUCUCAAGAAGCCAUGGCCGAAGCGAGCACGCACCAAACGAACAGACAGACAGAAUCAAUUGCAAAAUCAAACACUAAGUGCGAGCGAGAUGGAUAUAGUUCAGCCUGUGUGGCCGCAUUGUGAACAGAAAGCUAGCGAUGUUAAUAUCAUAAAUAAGCCUAUUUACUAUAACAUGAAGAUAUAAAGAUAAGACUUAACAGUGGUAGAGCCCGCUUUAACAUCUUCUCACGAAUUGUCCUCCUUCAGUGAAAUACCACGACCACACAGAAAACAGGCUUCAAGUGCGAAGCUAUUCUUUCUACAGUCUGAUGAGUGUGCGUCCCGGAGACCUAAUUUAGUCCUCUUUCUCUUCCCACCAUUUUUAUUAUGA